AUGUGCAACUCUACUGAAGAUGGCGGCCGACUGUCUACUGAUUACGACAAUGAUGAGUUUGAAGGAUUGCCUCCUGAUUCCGGCCAAAGUAAUCUCGAGGAACCAUUUCCUGCUCUCCCUGCGAGUACAUCUGACGAGGACAAGGAGAGGAGUGGAGAUGAUAUCACAUCGGCAAUUCAUGAUGACAAGCUUGAGAUUGUUAAGAAGCUACUUCAAGAAGAUCACGACCUCAUCGAGAAAGAGUUUGAUUAUACUUUCAAUGAAGAUGGUCCCGAGGAGAGUUGGACUAGUCGAGGGAUGACACCAUUGGCCUUUGCAGCGAGAUUAGAUCGCUUUGAAAUCUCUAAACUCCUUCUUGAAGAGGGUGCUGAUGUAUUUGCCAAAACAAAAAGCAAUGGAACAAAUACAUUCUGGCUUGCAGUUUUGCACGAACACCUAGAGCUUGCGGAUAUACUUUUAGACCGAGGAACGAAAAGCCUAUUGGAGCUCCGGAGUGAUUUUGGCGAUACGGCAUUGAUCCGAUUUGCUUUCCUUGGUGAAUUGAAGCUUGUCGCCUACCUACUCGGGAAGGAGGCAGAUAUCACGGCGAUGGAGGAUGAAUCAGGAGAUACGGCCCUUCAUGUUGCAGCAAUAGAAGGUCAUUUCGAGGUUGUCCAAAUGCUUUGGAAUGCGCGACCUGCCGAGAUCGAUAUCCUAGAGCUAAGAAACAAAUCUGGUCAAACUCCUCUCCUGGCAGCAGCCCAGUGCAAUCAAUCUGAAAUCACUAAAUUCUUACUUGACGAAGGGGCAAAGUACGACGUCCAAGACAACGAUGGAAAUACUCCUCUGCAUUAUGCUGCAAUGACAAACGACCUUGAACUUGCCCAGAGGCUUCCAAAAAAUGAGGAGAGGAGUUCCGAAAGCCCUGAUCAGCUGAAUGCAGACAAUAAGUCUAAAUAUUCUACUAUCUUGAACCGGCAAAACAAAAACCAAGACACUCCAAUUGUGUUGGCAGCAUCGAGUGAACAGACAUCUGUUUUUGACUUUCUACUUAAAUCUGGCGCAAACCUUAACGUUCGGAUCAAGAAUGGAGAUACAGUGUUGCACCGGGCUGCACAAACUGGAAAUCUUGACAUCGUCAAGAAGCUCCUGCCCGCACCCGCCGAAAAUCCCUGUCCUCUGAAGGUGCAAGGCAAUGAUCCAUCCACACAUCAAAAGGGCAAUGGAACAACCGAUUUUGCUACCUCACUGGGUAAUUUUGAUCUGAUUAAGAAUCAUCUUGGAAGCACUGGCAACGAGCAACUUCAGCAUGUGAAAAACAUGUUGGGCCAAACUCCAAUGAUGCUUGCAGCUCAAGAAGAAAUGUUUGAAGUUGUGGAAUAUCUGCUCGGCAAGAAUGAGACUUUCACUUCGAAAGGGAUGAAUUUGGAGAAGGCGAUGCUAAGUUCUGCAGAGAAUGGUUACAUUCGCCUGAUCCAAGGUCUCUGGGAGGUAUCUGAUCUUCGAGAGAUUCAAGACAGCUCUGGAAGAACCCCACUGUUGAUUGCAAGCGAUAAGGGCCAUGCCAAAAUCGUUGAAUAUCUGUGCCAAAAUGGUGCAAAAUUAGGGGUGAAAGAUGACGCGGGUUAUACUCCCAUCUUAAAUGCCGUUUGGACGGACUCCGUGGCUAUGGUGAAAUGUCUGCUCAAUCAUGGCGCAGAUCAAGCCGCAACGGGCACGUUGGGAAUGAAUGCAUUACAUCAAGCUUGUCGGACGAAAGGUCGCAGUGAAAUUUUAAGAAUUCUGCUCGCGGAUAGUCCAGAGCGUUUGCGAAAAGCGCUGUCUACAAAAGACAUGGAUGGCAAUACUCCCUUGUGUGAUGCGUUGGGUAUGGCAGAAUCUGCAGUUGAGGAUUCCAAAAUCUUUCAACUACUAGGGUCGAAGGUCUACUUUCCUCUCAACCCAGCACAGGACCGUGUGCAUAAUUUACCAGAGGGUGAAAGAGAGCGUGUUGGAACUUGGCUGAAAAAUUGGAUUCAAAAGAGACGAGCUGAAAGGAUGCAACGGAAAGAGAGAGAGGAAAGAGAGAGACGGCCAGAAAAUGAGCAGUCGAGAGGUUAUCCGAAACCACCGAGAAGUCAACCCGAUCAGCAAAAGCAGCCCGACCAGAACUACAAUCCGAACCAAAAGGAAGAGAACGAACGCAUCAAAUCAAUCAUAUACUGGGCCAUACUAAACAAUGAUGAGGAAUUGAUGAAGCUCGCCAUGACAGAAGGAGGCUAUCCAACAUUAGAAAAUGAUGAACGGCGAAAAAGUGUCACUUGGUUGCAUGUUGCUGCACUCGGCAAUUGCCCGGAUAUUGUUAGUGGUAUCAGAGAUUGGGAGACUUUGAUUCAAGCAAAGACAGAGAGAGACAUCACUCCGUUACACAUUGCUGCCAGAAUGGGCCACGACUCAGUUUUGCGCAAGCUUCUGUGGAAUCUAUCUGGUUUAGACCAGGGGAAACCUUUGAAAGACCUAGCAGCUGAUAACAUGGUUAACGUGCUGCACGCCAUAAUUCACGAAACAAAAGAUGAUGACAACCUGAUCUCACUAAUUGUUGCCAAACAAGAGGAGGACAAUAUUGCAUCAAGGGACACAAAGCAUCGAGAUAAACGGCAUGCAUUCAAAAAUCCUGAAUCUAGUGAGCAGAGUGAGAGCUACAGGAAAAGUUCGGAGGAAGAGAAAUCAGCACAUGAGAAAGGCCUGGUAUCUGAGCUGUGGGAGACAGUGAUUGCAAUAAUCCAAGCCAAAUCUCAGAUUUUCUUAGGCCCCCCAUACAGCCUGGAUGUGGAGUUUAUCAUCAAGUCUAUGGUUUCGAUGCAUGCCAUCAUGGAGAAGAGACAUUUCAGCAUUAUCACAAGUCUAAUGAUAGCUGGGCACACUGACAAGAAAGGUGAUAAACUGGAAGCUUCAACUUCAAAUAUCUUGGAGUGGACCACCAGAUAUGAAUUCUCACUGGCAUUUUGCUGGCUUCUGUCCAGUGGUGAUUAUUUUGGCGAGGAUCAUAUUAAGAGCUGCGAAAAUGCCAUCAAGCCUUCUGUAUCAGGAAAUAAAAAGCACAAUGGGCGGCUAAUCAUUGAAGCCCUGUUGCAGAAUCCGCCUCCAAUUCGCACCCGAAAGGGAGACACGAAGGCCCCGGAGUUUCUAUAUUCGAUUCCAUAUUAUGAAACUCGAAUGGGAACGGUGAUAGAAAUCUCUCGUACUGAGAGACAGAUUUAUCACAACUUGAACCUGAAGCGGUCGGAGAUUUUCGAAUUCGUCUAUGAUGGACCAGAAACGCCGAUGAAAAACGAUGAUACAUAUACCUGCAAGGCAAUCAUCGAAAAACUUCGUUCGGCUCAGCUUGAAAUAGAGACUAACCAAGCGCAAGGUGACAGUGAAAUAAAGAAGGAUGCCAAGCCAAAGGGAAGAGAGCGGGCUGGGAUUCAAUCCUCUCAAGAGAAGGUCCGAUGGCUUCAUAUCCCUGUCAACGAUCUCCGCUACGUUCAGGAACUAAUGGUCCAAGUAUCAAGAGAAAGGGGAAGAGAUAAUAACUUCUAUCGAAGUCUGAUCGAAUUUUGCCAAGGUAGUAUGCUCGAACUUGCCGCCGGAGAUGGCAACCACUACAUGAUGCCCCAUUUUCAAAGUGCAAGAAACUCAACUACAGAGAAGAAUGAGAGAUCAAAAGGCGAUUUGAAUAUGCCAUACCUUCACUGGGGCGUAAAACCUGAUCGAGAGCAAGAAAAGAGCUCAUCUCAGUUCAUUCUCAACCAGAAUUCUUCCGAAGAAGAGAAGAUAAAGCAGAGCAUUGGUUUCAAGAACUAUCUGCAUGGUUCUCUCACUCUUGAUGAAUACUAUUAUGCUGCCCUGGGUAACAUAGACGAAAGAGACGACGAUCAAGUCGUCGGUCGAUAUUUCGCCAAGCAGCUUGAGCUGAAGCAAGAACCUGAGCCUAAGGACGAAAAUAAAUCACCCCCAGCCCGCCCGAUUCUCUUGAUAGUAAUCAUAGAGUUACGCAAGGAAAAUGGCAACUCGGUGCCUAAAGCCAUGCGUGUUGCAGAGGUGAUCAGGGACACCGCUACGAACCUCUUCGAUGCCAAAGAGAUUGAGUUUUUGAGAUCUGGCAAAAAGUCACCAUUGGAUAUAUUUCGCGAAUCUAUUCAGGAGAUAGUACCGCAACGAGGAAACAAAACUCCUGAAGGAAUUUCGAAAAUCAAUUGGAUCCCUCCCAGCGAAGCGUGGAGAGCACUCGGAAACCUCGAAGAAUCCAUCUCCUCCCCAAUCCAACCUAUCAAAUCAAACCUUCCCCCCUGGGCUCGCUUCAAAAUGGGACUAAAAUUUUUGAAAGACGGGGCGAAAAAUCAUGAGGAAAAUCCAUAUGAAAACAUAGUUCAGGAGACGAGUCUCUUGGUAUUGGUGAAUGAUAUACUGGAUGAGCUGAACAUACUGCAGACUUUAGUCCGUGACCAACAACAUGUAUGCAGUCUUUGGAAAGGACCCAGACAAAAGACGCAAGUUGAGGGUGACUACUUCAGCGUUGAUGAAAGAGAUGCCGUGAUCGUUGAGAUGAUUCGAGAUGCCCAGAGUCUCCAAGAUGCCAUCAACAGACUACUGGAUUUAAAACAAAAACAAGCAACCAUCAUGGAAGCACAGGCUACUCGAAGACAGAGCGAUAGUGUCAUGGUAUUUACUGUGGUCACCGUGGUUUUUUUGCCUGCUUCAUUCCUUGCAAGCCUUUUUGCAUUGGACAUCGCUGAGUUCCCUCACGUAAAUGGAGGCGUGGUUUUCCAAGGCCGGUGGAUAUUUCCGAUUAUUUUUUCCAUUUCUCAUUAUAUUCCGACAUUCGGGGUUGCAUUCGCUUUCGCCCUCGUGUUUUUGCCUCUUGCGUUCAAGGCAAACCUUUUCAAGAACAUUUUCAAACUAUGGAGAUACAAGAGGGAACCAGGUAGCGAUGAGGAAAGUGGUGGACCUGCAAAGGGAUCGAGCUACGAAGCGCCAUCGACUGGUGAGCAAACCCACCGCUCCUCCGGUGGAUUGUCCGCUCGGGGUUUAUUCUUCCGAUCUCCCCAGAAUCUCGGGGAGGAAGCCGGGGUGACUGACGGUGGAAACCCGCACAUCAUCCAACUGCCCAAGACGCCCUGCGACAUACCCUCCGACCCGAAAAGCAUCGCUCAGCAAUGGCUCUCGGCUCUCGAGGUCCAACUCUCCUGUUCAGAGAACUUGAACAUCAAGGAGCUAUUCCAUGCUGAGUCCUGGUGGCGCGACAUGCUCGCGCUGGACUGGGACAUGCGCACCGUACACUCAGCCGCUGAGAUUCAAAGCUUCCUAAACAAACAACAGAAUGGGGCACAGCUAUCCAAGUUCCAACUGCAGGAUACGGGCAAGUUCCAGCCACGUCUGGAGCAGGUCGUAGACGGGUUGAGCUGGGUGUCUUCUAUGUUCUUCUUCGAGACUGCUGUCGGCACUGGAACAGGCAUGUUGCGCCUGACCCCGGCGGAGGAUGGAGUUUGGAGGGCCUAUGCUAUGUAUACAUCAUUACAGGAGCUCGGCUCAGCUCAGGAGCCACUUGGGAAGCGUCGAGCAGAGGGGACGACGGAGUCAAUGCCUGGUGGUCUGCCCGGGGGCACAUGGAUCGAGCGCAGGAAUCGACAGAAGGAGUUUUUGGAUGAGGAGCCCACAACUUUGGUUGUUGGGGCUGGCCAAGCUGGGUUGAAUAUGGGUGCGCGUUUGCAGAGUCUCGGCGUGUCGUGCUUGAUUGUCGACAAGAGCGAGCGUGUUGGGGAUAAUUGGCGUAACCGGUAUCGGACACUUGUCACGCACGAUCCAGCCGAAUUCACACACAUGGCCUAUCUUCCCUUCCCGCAAAACUGGCCACAGUUUACGCCGAAAGACAAACUGGGUGACUGGUUUGAAGCAUACGCCAGUAUUAUGGAGUUGAAUAUCUGGAUGCAAACCUCGAUUGUCUCAGCAGAGUACGACGAAGCUGGAGGCCAGUGGACGGUUGUCCUCGGUCGCGGCGAUGGGUCCCAACGCACCCUCCGGCCUCGUCAUCUUGUAUGGUGUACAGGACACUCAGGCGAGGCAAAAGUUCCCUCCUUCUCAGGACAAGAAUCUUUCCAGGGCAAUGUGUACCAUGGCAGCCAGCACCGUGAUGCGUCGGAAAGCGAUGUUCGUGGUAAGAAGGUUAUCGUGGUCGGAACUGGUAACAGCGGCCAUGAUAUCGCGCAGAACUAUUAUGAAAACGGUGCAGAUGUCACUUUACUGCAGCGCAGCGGGACAUAUGUUAUAACUGCCGACAAGGGUGUCUUUAUGAUGCAUAGUGGAAUGCACGAGGAUGGCGGUCCACCAACUGAAGAAUGCGAUAUCGCCUGCGAGAGUCUCCCCUGGCCUGUUCAGUUUGCUUUGAGUGUACAUAUGACGAAGAAAAUCGCCGAUGCUGAAAAGGAGACCCUAGAUGGACUCCGUCGGGCUGGCUUCGAACUUGAUUUCGGGCUAGAUGGCGCUGGUAUUGCACGCGCAUACUUUACCCGGGGCGGGGGGUAUUAUAUUGACGUCGGAUGCAGCCAACUUAUCAUCGAUGGCAAGAUCAAAGUCAAUCACAACCCGGGCGGUAUCAAUGGCUUUGGGAAACGCGAGCUGCUUUUGGCAAACGGGGACUCCCUACCGGCGGAUAUUGUUGUCCUUGCCACCGGAUAUGAUAAUAUGCGCACGACAGUGAGGAAAGUCUUGGGUGACAAGGUCGCGGAUCGGUGUUCCGAUGUUUGGGAUCUAGAUGGAGAGGGAGAGGUUCAAGCUAUGUGGCGCCCCAGUGGUCAUCCGGGCUUCUGGUACUUCGGCGGAAACCUCGCCUUGUGCCGGAUCUACUCUAAGUUUUUGGCACUUCAGAUCAAGGCUGUUGAGUCUGGAUUAUCAAAAGGUGUACGGCAGUAG